AAAGAAUUUAUUCUUUAACUUUUAUUCCAAUAUAAAAAAGCAGGAUCUCAUGUUUGUUGCUGAGAGGAUGCCAAACAUAGAGAAGCUUGCUUUACCGGUUUCAUGGUCACUGUGUAAUGCGAUGAACUCAUUUAGGUUUGCGUUUAGUCAGUGGAAGAAUCUUAAAACACUGAUCAUGGCUCAUAAUGACUUUUUCAUCUGGCCGUACACAUUCGAGUUUCGAGUUGUGGGAGAGAACUGUAGUAACCUGAAUAACUUGAAGAUUAUGGGUUAUUUGGAUAACAAAGAUGCUGUGGAAAUCGUGCGUUACCUCCAGAGCCUCAAGAGGUUGAGUCUACGAUGCUCUUCGGUCAAUUUCAAAGGAGUUCUCUUGCUAAUCAGAGGCCUUGGAAACCUCGCCAUCCUUAACCUGACACAUUGCCAAUACUUUCGUUGUAAUUCUAUCACAAUAAAUAAUGUUGUACAAGCAUCCACUCAGAAGCUUGACAAACUUAUCAUAUGUUCAAAAAAUGAUUGCAAAGUUUGCAAAGAUCGACCUGCAAUGUUCGGGUUGGAUGCUUUGUACGAGAAGUAUUGGCGAAACGAUGAGAUAAAGGAACUUGAAUUCUGAAAUUUGUAAAAGUUUUGUUGAUGGGUUUUGGACAAGUUAUCAGAUUCUAUUUCACAACAUCUAUCUUACAUAUAAACCUUGCCAUUACAAUAUUGUUUCAUUUGUUAGAUCAUAUGCUUCAUUCACUAUCGUUUUUUUGGUUAAACUCUGUUUUCCUCUCUGUUUAUCCCAUCUCUUCUUUUGUUUUUCUCAUUGUUUAUGAACUGGAUCAUGUAGUUUUCAGCUUUUGAUGACGUAGUGAAUGAGAAGAUUUUCAAAUGAAUGUGGCGUUUAUCA